UCCCAUCUCCUCCCGCUUUGCCUCUUUUAGAACGCACAAGACAGAGAGAGAGAAAGAGAGAGAGAAGAGAAGAGAAGAGAGACUCAUAAGCUCUCCCUCUCCCUCUUUCUCUUUAUAUAUUUUUAUAAAUACACAUUCUCAGAUUCUUUGCCUCCUCUCCUCUCCUCGACGUCGUUGAUUUGAGAAUAGAAGAAGAAAAGUUUUGGAUUUUUAAUAUAUAAUUUUUAAAAAAAAAGAAGAAGAAGAGAGAUGGGUUACAUAGGAGCACAUGGUGUAGCAGCGCUUCAUAGACACAAAUACAGUGGUGUGGAUCACUCUUAUCUCGCCAAAUACGUCCUCCAACCCUUUUGGAAUCGUUUCGUCAAAAUCUUCCCUCUCUGGAUGCCACCCAACAUGAUAACACUUACUGGGUUCAUGUUUCUCAUCAUAUCUGCGCUGUUAGGCUAUGUCUACUCCCCUCAGUUGAAUUCUCCUCCUCCUCGUUGGGUUCACUUGGUACAUGGACUACUUCUCUUUUUGUAUCAGACGUUUGAUGCGGUUGAUGGGAAGCAAGCACGAAGAACUAACUCCAGUAGCCCACUCGGAGAGCUCUUUGAUCAUGGUUGCGAUGCACUUGCUUGUGCGUUUGAAACGAUGGCGUAUGGGAGUACUGCUAUGUGUGGAAGAGACACGUUCUGGUUCUGGAUCAUUUCAGCUGUUCCAUUUAUUGGUUCUACAUGGGAAACCUAUUUUACCAAUAUACUUACUCUUCCGGUAGUCAAUGGUCCUACAGAAGGUCUUGCACUUAUAUACUGUGGUCACUUCUUCACAGCCAUUGUUGGUGCUGAAUGGUGGGCUCAGCAGUUUGGAGAGUCAAUCCCCUUGUUUAGUUGGGUGCCCUUCUUGAGCGAGAUUACUACAUCGAGAGUAGUACUAAUAACGAUGAUUGCUUUUGGUGUUAUACCAACAUUUGCAUUGAGCGUGUCGAAUGUAUACAAAGUUAUACAGGCAAGAAAAGGAAGCAUGUUUCUAGCAUUGUCUAUGCUGUUUCCCUUCGUUGGGCUACUUGCUGGAGUUUUGAUUUGGGACUACUUGUCUCCAACUGAUCUCAUAAGAAACUACCCUCACUUAGUUGUAUUGGGAACUGGUCUUUCAUUUGGAUUCAUUGUGGGAAGAAUAAUUCUAGCUCACAUAUGUGAUGAACCAAAAGGAUUAAAAACAAACAUGUGCAUGUCACUGCUUUACCUUCCCUUUGCACUAGCAAAUGCUCUAACCGCUAGACUCAACAACGGGGUUGCUCUUGUGGAUGAGUUUUGGGUUCUUCUUGGUUAUUGUAUAUUCACAAUGGCACUAUAUAUGCAUUUUGCAACCUCAGUCAUUCAUGAGAUCACUGCUGCACUUGGAAUCUACUGCUUCAGGAUUACGCGUAAAGAAGCUUGAAGGAAGCUUAAGGGAGGAUAAUGCAAAUCCCAACACGAAUCUUGAUAUUAUUUUUUUACUGAAAUUAAACGACUGAUCGAUAUAUUUUUGGAUGAAUAGCCUUUAAUGUUUUCAUUUUGUUUGGUCGAAAUAGGUAAUUCAUGUAGAACUAUUUUUGUAACGUUUUCUACGGAAAAGAAUGAUUUUUCGUGAUUAUUUAUUUAUGAAUUUGGUUAUAUU